AAAAAACCACUUUCAGAGAUUUUGCCACGUUCAUGCAUCUGUGUAAAGCUUCGAUCGGCACCGGCAUACUUUUCCUGCCGAAUGGCUUCCGAAGAGCUGGCUACGUAAUGUCAGUGAUCUGCGGCGUUGUUAUUGGCCUAUUGUGCACUCACACUGUGGUAGAAUUGGUACGAUCAGCUCAGAUACUCUGCAGACGCAAUCGCAUACCGAUGCUGGAUUUCGCGGGAACGGCGGAGGUCUCCUUUCAGAACGGUCCACCGGAGCUUCGAAAGUACGGGAAAACGUUUGGCAUCACGAUCAACGUGAUCGUCUGUUUCGUCCAUUUCCAGGCCAGCGUGAUAUACAUCCUUUACGUGGCCACUUCGUUUCAGCAAGUGAUUGAAUUUUCUUUCGGCAUGAGAAUGGACACGCGGAUCUACAUACUGGCGUUGUCACCGUUCGUCUGUCUGUUGGGUCUCGUCCGGAACUUGCGAUGGCUGGCGCCAUUCUCCGUGAUCGGUGCACUCCUCAUGUUCGUUGGCAUUUUCGUCACUUUGUACUAUCUGCUCGAGGACAUACCCGAUCCCGCGAGACUAGAAGCGUUCACGUACGUGUUGCCGGUGCCGAUGUACUGCAGCCUGUUCCUCUACGCUCUUCAUAGCGUGACCUUGUGCCUGCCGCUGGAGAACUCGAUGAGGAAGCCGCAACACCUGCCGCGGCUGAUAACGUGCAGCAUGCUGCUCAAUACCUGCAUGUACAUCGCCUUUGGCUUCCUCGGCUACAACAAGUACACGAAGAACACCUGCGACACGGUAAUUAAGAAUUUACCGCUAGAGAAAACGUAAGUGGUCCUUUUCCGUCAAAUGAUCCUGCCAGCCUUUAACCCUUUCGGUACGAGGGUUAUCCGUCGUACCGAAAGGGUUAAAACUCACCCUUUCCCGUUUUUAACGUUAACGUUUAACGUUGUACGUCGGUCGUACGGUGGACUGUUACGAAGGAAAUUCGAUCUGAUCAGAACAGAAGAGACAGACAGUCGCGCAAGGCCAUUUUACCAGGAUUUUUACCAUUUUUACCAUUUACCAUUUUUACCAUUU